UGAGGCGCCGGAGGGAAAUAUGGGCCGAGCAAGGACUCGUCAGGGAGGAGGAGGAGGAAGAGAAGGGAAGAGGAGGAGGCAGAUGGUAGCAACAUACAUGACUUGAGUUGGAAAAAUUCGAGGAUCCAGUAUGUCAAGACGUUCCGAAGUUCAAUGCUUGUUCACGUACUUAAUGCUAGUAUGCCAGACUGGAUGCUACCUCCUGGACUCUUUAACUGCUGCAAGGAAUUUUAGCUAUGUUCACAAAUACAUCAAUACAUCCAAUUUAGAUCAAGACUACUGUGAAAGGAAAAGGAAGUUAUUUAGUUUGGGUGAAUGGAGACUUUCUACAGAAAAAUUUACAGUUGCCCUUCCCAUUGAUCCCAUUCAGGAAAAUUAUGUUCGUGAAGUUCGUGACUCCAUUUUUUCAGUUGUCUACCCUACUCCAUUUAAAUCCAGAGCUCUGCUUGUAGGCGUUUCAAAGGAAGUCAUGGAAGACAUGUUGGACCUGGAUGUAUCCGUUUCAGAUUCAGAAGAUUUUCUACAGCUUGUCAGUGGUGAAAAAGUGAUAUGGGGAUCUCUUCCCCUGGCCCAUAGAUACGGUGGACAUCAGUUUGGUAGCUGGGCUGGCCAGCUGGGUGACGGAAGGGCUCAUUUGAUUGGCGUUUAUACAAACAGGUUUGGUGUUAGUUGGGAACUACAGCUGAAAGGUUCAGGAAGAACUCCCUACUCUAGAAAUGGGGAUGGCAGAGCUGUGCUUCACUCUUCUGUUCGAGAAUUUUUGGGAAGUGAGGCUAUGCAUUAUCUUGGAAUUCCUACAAGCCGAGCUGCUAGCUUAGUUGUCAGUGACGAUGAUGUGUGGCGGGAUCGGUUGUACAAUGGAAAUGUUAAGAAAGAAAGAGGUGCAAUUGUCCUACGUGUUGCCAAAUCAUGGUUUCGAAUAGGAUCACUAGAAAUAUUAGCUCAUUCUGGAGAACUUGAGUUGCUAAGAACUCUGCUAGAUCUUGUCAUGGAUGAACACUUUCCAUCAAUAAAACGGAAUGAUUCUAAUAGAUAUCUGGCCUUUUUCUCUACAGUAGUGUCCGAGACGGCAAAGUUGAUGGCCUUAUGGAUGUCAGUAGGUUUUGCUCAUGGUGUGUGCAACACUGAUAAUUUCAGCCUCUUAUCUAUAACCAUAGAUUAUGGCCCAUUUGGGUUCAUGGAUUCUUACGACCCAGACUUUGUCCCAAACACAUCUGACGAUGAAAGACGAUAUAAAAUAGGAAACCAGGCAAAUGUUGGGCUGUUUAAUCUGAACAAGCUGUUACAGGCUCUAAACCGUUUAUUGGAUCCCAGACAAAAGCAGCUGGCUUCUCAGAUACUUAUGGGAUAUUCUGAGCAAUAUUAUAGAUGCUUUUCAGAAAUAUUCAAACGAAAAUUAGGUCUCCUAGGCGAUGAUGAUGGGGAUAACUAUUUAAUUGCAUUCCUCCUUAAACUCAUGGAAGAUUCGAGAGCAGAUUUCACCAUGACUUUUCGACAGCUCAGUGAAAUUUCAGAAGACCAACUGAAGGCACUUAGCAUCCCUAAGGAUUUUUGGGCUUUACAGGACGUGGCUGAACAUGAGUUCUUUUCCAGCUGGGUGGAUCUUUAUCUCUUGAGGUUGAAAAGCAAUACAGGUGACUUAGAUUCAGAGAGGAAAAGAAGAAUGACAGGUAUUAAUCCUCGGUAUGUGCUCCGAAAUUGGAUGGCAGAAUCGGCUGCCCAAAAAGCUGAAAAGAAUGAUUUUUCAGAAGUCCGCCUCUUGCAACAGAUUUUACAGUCACCCUUUCAGAUGCAGACUGUGGCUGAGAGAGCUGGUUAUGCACAGCGCCCCCCUGCUUGGGCCCAAGACAUUAAAAUCAGCUGUUCAUCUUGAUAAAAAUAUCUUGUAAUCAAGAUUGAAUAAAGAUAUAAAACCUUUGAAUAAUGCAGAA